AUGAGUUUUGUCGGUUGUAAACGCUAUACUGCUGCAGUUGUGGAAUAUGAACCAUUCUAUACCGAUAAAAUCUUUCAUAGCAAGGAAGAGGCCUUUCAGAAAGCCCUAUUAAUAAACUUAAGGGAAUUUGCCAAGUGGACUAAAUUGGCUGCGCAACGUGGUGCUAACAUUAUUGUUUUUCCAGAAAAUGGAUUGUUCGGUUUCCUAAAUCGAGACUUAGUUAAGCCUUAUCUCCAGCAUUUGCCCGAACCGACUAAAAUCGGUAACCAGUACGAAAUACCUUGUGCUCAGGCUAACAUAGAAAAAUUCAAUGAUGGUCCAGUCUUACAGUUUUUAAGCUGCCUUGCUGCUCGCUAUGAAAUAGCGAUUGUUGCGAAUGUCGGCGAAGUCCAGCCAUGUAAUCGCAUGUUAGACAAUGACUGUCCUCCAGAUAAACAGUUCCAAUAUAAUACAAACAUAGUUCUAGACACUGAUGGGAGUUUUAUAGCUAAAUAUCGCAAAGAACACCUUUUUUUCGAACCGGAAUAUGACCAACCUGCUACCUGCGAAAAUAUUGCUUUUACGCCUAGUUUUGGAGUUACCUUCGGCAUAAUGACUUGCUUCGAUAUAUUGUACAACUGCCCUGCAGUUACACUUAUUAAUAAAUAUCAUAUUAAAAAUUUUGUUAUCCCAAUGGCUUGGAUGAAAGGAAUUCCAUUAUUGCAAUCAAAUCAAUACCAACAAGCCUGGUCGAGGUCUCAUGGCGUUAAUGUAAUCGCAGCUAACGUUCACUUUCUACGUGCAGAUAUGACUGGUAGUGGAAUAUAUUCAUCUGGUCUUGUCAAAGCCUGGUAUUACAAUAACAAUAGCUCUCGCAACGGCUCUCAACUUCUAGUAGCAGAACUAGAUUCCGAAGAUUCACAACCUCAAACGAGUUUAUGCAGGUAUCUUAUGAUAAAUUAUACAGCUGUUGCUCUGGAACCACCUCCAUCACACUCAAAAGGGCAAACAUUCCAAUCACUUAUGAUGCACAAUAUCUAUAAUUUUGUCUUGCUUGAUAAAACCAAGCAGGGGCAAGCAAGCGUUUGCUUCGGAACGUUAUGCUGUCACUUGCAAUUUGAACGUGAUCAAACAUCCGAAAUGUUUGCAUUAGCUGCAUAUGAUGGCCCAUAUUACGUCUUUAAAAAUUUUCAUUUACAGGUUUGUGCACUUGUAAAAUGCAACUCAAAUGAAGAUAAAAGGAAAUGCGGGCAACCUGUGUAUCAAUCACAAACAAUAUUCAAAAGUCUGACAAUAUCAGGAACAUUCUCAAAUAAGACUGUAUUAUAUCCUACCUCACUGCUUGAUGGUAUACGACUAGUUCAACCACAAUUGACCCAUUUUGAUCCAAAAUUAAAAGUUCUGACCGAGUGUCCUUUAAACAAUCCCUUAAUAUCAGCUGCACUAAUAGGUAGAUUAUGA